UGACUGAUUCACGUCACACACACUGUCACACACAUCCUAUUGUGCGUUUCUGUUCGUCUUAUCAGUUUUAUCACCAUUAUACAAUUCCUCCUGUCUCUAAAAUAUAACCGAAUAAUCUCAUAAAAUCAAUUCCAGUGUUAAUUUAUCUGUAAUAGUACAUAGUAGUGAAUUGUGAAAUCAGAAAAAUGCCAGACACAUUUACAUGUAUAACCUGCCAAGUUAUGUUCAAAACGCCUGAAUUACAGCGUGUACAUUAUAAAGAAGACUGGCAUAGGUACAACUUAAAAAGGAAGGUUGCAUCAAUACCUCCUGUAACGCUCGAAGAGUUCGAACAACGAGCAAAGGAGCACAGAGAGCAGACCCAGAACAUAAAUCGUGAUGAAUCAGAGUACUGCAAGUAUUGCUCCAAGUUAUUCAACACUAAGAAUGCCUUUAAUAAUCACUUGAACAGUAAGAAGCACAAGUUGGCCGAGGAAAGAUACGUAGAGAAUGAGAAAGAGGAGCAUAGUGGGCAUUCAGAUACAGACAGUUUUGUGAAGGUUGAACCCAGUGCUAAUGUUUCUAAGGAACCAAGCAAAUUUGUUGUAGUAACUGCUGAUGACUCAGGAGAUGAGGAUAUUGAAACAGACUCAGAAAUUGAGGAGCUUGACUCUGACGAGUGGGAGGAAUGUCGUAUCAAGGACAGUGAUUCUCUGAUCAAGCCUCGGGACUGUCUGUUCUGCGGCCAUCACAGCAAGAACAUGGUCAAGAACCUUAAGCACAUGUCUGAGGCACAUUCAUUCUUUAUACCAGAUGUAGAAUAUUGUGUCAAUAUGAAAGAACUUCUUUUGUAUUUAGGAGAAAAGAUAUCACAAGGUUACAUGUGCCUAUGGUGUAAUGAUACUGGACGCACUUUUUACUCUAUGGAAGCAGUGAGGGGCCAUAUGAUAGACAAGGGACAUUGCAAAAUGUUGCAUGAGGGUCUUGCCCUAGCAGAGUAUGCAGAUUUCUAUGAUUACAGUUCGUCAUACCCAGACCACAAAGACGAUGAUGGUGACGAAGAAGGCAUGGAUGUUGAUGAAGAAGUUGAAGGUCCUGCAGCCCUCCAGGGUGAUGACUUCCAACUUGUGCUACCUUCAGGCGUCGUUGUCGGUCAUCGAUCACUUAUGAAAUACUACAAACAAAACUUGAGUCAAAACAGUCAGGCUCUAGUGAAGAAAUCGGAUCGCAAAUUGCAUAGGUUGUUGGGUGUCUACCGAGCUCUCGGCUGGGCGCCCAAAGAACAGGCGCUGGCUGCAAAGAAAGCCCGUGACAUCCACUUCAUGAAACGCGUACAAGCGAAAUGGCAGAUGAAGUUGUCUCUCAAAGCCAAUAAGUUCCAGAAACAUUAUCGAGCGCAAGUCAACUUCUAGUCUAGAGUAAGACAUGUUUGUAUUAUACAUGAAAUUGUAUCAUACAUUGUUUUAAUAGAUAGUUUAAUUUUAUUUGGCACCCCAGGCGAUCCCAGUAAGCCAGAUCAAUCAUUCAAUCAUUUGUUUUUUUACUUUCUGAUGUUUAGUUGGUACCGUGUAUUUUUUUAUACGUAAUGUAAUUGUGUCAUACUGUAAUACAGUUUUGUCUCACAACACGAACUGAGAAUUUAUUCUCGAGAUUAAAUUGGAAUUAAUUUCAUAUUUUGCCUUAUUUUUACUUCGAUUAGACGAAUCACAAGGUUUUAUUUAAGAUGAUUUUUAAAACUCAACCUUGUUUUUGUUCCAACUUAUUUCGAUUUGAAAACGUAGAUAUCAUUAGUAAUUAGCCCCACUAUCUUCAAUAUAUCACAAUUAUUCAGUGCUCAGAUAACUUUUCGACUGAUAUGUAAAAUAUUUAAUUUGGAUAAAUCUCUCUUACUAGUAUUUAUGGUACUUAUCAACCUAAUAAUGAUAUUUCUAUUAUUUUUCUUUGUACUUUUGUUGGUGCUCUGAAACAUGUUUUUUUUGUUACACAUAAUACUUGUUGUUCAUGCAUACUGAUACAUGUUGGCACUCUUUAUUAAAAAUCGUAUUGAUUCACAAAUAAGAUAUACAAUGUGUCUUACGAUCUAAACGGUUUACACGGUGUUCAUCUCAUAAUUAAUUUUACCGGUUAUACAUUUCCAUCGCUUACUAUGUUCUUUUGUUUUUUAUAAUUAUGUAUGAAGCAGGUCUUCUCUGAUGUUAUGCGAUAUUAAUAAUAAGUUGUUAUUACGUUCGUAUUGUUACAUCAUGACGUUAAAAUAGAUAAAAAAUAAUGCGCAAAAUAGAAAACUGAUAAACAUUGUUACGUAAUUUUCCUACAAAUUGUUAUACAUUGACUUUAUCAAUCUUCUAAACAAACGACAAUAGUAUUGUUCCGAUAUCAAAAUGUUGUUAAAAAAGUUAAAUGGAAUUUCCUGUUCUAAUUUACAACAAUGCAACAAUUAUUAAUGUAAAAAAUAAAAGUGUGCUAAGUUUAGCUCAACCCUGUUAUACUGAGUUAAAUUGUUAGUACGUAAAGAUAAAAUAAAAAUGCAAUAGAAAUAAAAGAACCAGACAAUA